CAUAAACAGGAGAAACGAGGGGGAAUGAAUGAAAGAAGAAUGAGAGAAAGGUUGGAAAUGAGAUGAAAGGAAACCAAACCGAAGCUAUGAACAAUAGAACAAAACAGUAAGCCAACAAGACAAGAAAACAUACAAAAAAAUUAAAAGACACAAAACCUUCCUUUUCAUUUUUUUUAAAAUUUCUUUAAUGCCCUUUUAAACUUCUCCCUUGUAAACGUCUCCCAAAAUCCCACCUUUACAUUUUUUUCCUCUCCGAAGUGGUCUGGAAGCCCUGUCAUUUUGUGGAUAAAUUAUUAAGGGAACUUAGAGGAACUCUAGUUGACAAGUAUUGUAAUUAUUGCCAAAGGGAAUGAUCAUUUGUUUUGGAGAUGAUGGAGGUCAAUGCUGGAAAUUCCCGUUCGAAUGAGAAACAACCGUCAGAGUGCCCACAAUCUGCUGAUAAAGGGGAAAAGCCUGCUGAAAAAGAUGCAAGCAGUUCUGUAUUUGUAAAUCAUGCUGCAAUUGCAUGGCAUGAGAACAGAAGAAGGUGGGUGGGGGAUAAAUCUCAACAGUCACAAAGGGUCAGUAAGGAUCCAGUAAUAAGCUGGUCCACAACGUAUGAAGAGCUUCUCCUAACUAAUGAGCCAUUUCCCGAGUCAAUUUCUUUGCCAGAGAUGGUAGACUUUCUAGUUGAUAUUUGGCACGAUGACGGCCUCUUUGAUUAGAUGAUCGGUGAUGACGGUCAAGUAGUGGCAUGGAGACUGUUAGACAGUGGAGAAAUUGUUUCAUGUAGCUGAUUUUUUUAUUUGGUCUUAUAAACUACACAUAUGGAAAGCCUCCAUUAUUCUUCAAAUUGACUGCCAGUUGCAGGCCAGGACUCUCUUACUCCCUAGACUUAUGAAACCCACAUUUUGACUUAGUAUAAACAUUUUGGCUAGCAAAAGGAAAUUGAUGUAUUAGACUCAUUAUGAACCAAUGAAACUCUGCAAAGAGAUUAUAUCUGUUUUUCCA